AUGGCCCAAGUCAUCGUCCAGAGGUCAUGCAUGAAGCUCAGAUCCGCCAUGACCGGAGACAAGUUCACCAGCGAUCUGAAGGAGAUGGUGGUGGUGCUGGAAGGCGUACAGCCGCUGAUAGAGGCCGCCGAGAGGCAGUCGGUACCGGGCAGGCUGGCUUGGUACUGGCUGAGGCGGGUGAGGAAGACCGCCUACGAUAUCUUCGAUAUGGUCGAGGAGCUGCGAGCCAACAGCCCGCCGCCUGCUGCAACGGUGAAGAUGCGGAUAGAAGUGAUUAAGAAAGAACUGGAGGAGAUACGGCUCGAGUCUUGUAUUUUCAAGCAGGCCAGGGAUUCCAGUAUCCAGCAAGCUAUUCAUGUGCCAGCUGAAGGAACAACAGCAGAUUUUGAUGGAGCAAGGGAUGCAGAGAAACAGAUGGUGAUGGAUAAGCUAUCAGCUGCUAUGAGCGGCAUCACACAAUCAGGACAAGAGGUGCCCUUAAUUUUCCCCAUCUUUGGCCCCCCAGGCAUAGGCAAGACAACCAUGGCAAAACUGGUGUUCAGUGAUGACAAGUUUCGAGAACAUCUUCGCGCAUGGAUUGAUGUCUCGCAGGAAUUCAGCUUAUGUAAGAUAGGCAAGUCAAUAAUCUCUCAGGUAUCAAGCCCGAGAGUAGAAGAUAUAGGCCCUGGCGGUGGAGGUGCCUCAAGCAAUGAGACGGAAUGUAUGAGUAUGAGUAUGACGAAGCACCUUCAUCAGGAGCUUCUGCUUCACAGUGGCAGGAAAGACCUGCUUGUUGUCCUAGAUGACCAAUGGGAGGACGACCCCACUCAACUCGAGAGCCUAAGGCGUAUGCUUACUGUAGGUGACGAGCAGGGCAGCAUCAAGGUAACCGUCAUCGUAACAUGCGACCAAGGCAUCGCGAGGAAAUUCUGUACUACGGGCGUGGAGCCGUACAUGCUGAAUCCGCUGAGCCAACACAUGUGCUGGACAAUAAUCAAGCGAGAAAGCUGCUUCAAAGUUAGACACGGGCCAGAGAAAAAAGUGUGGGAGCAGAUAGGAAGGGAGAUCGCAAGCAAGUGCGGGGGUGUACCUUUGACAGCUCGAGUGCUUGGAGCUACGCUGCGGGGCAGAGAUGUUGCAGGAUGGAGAGAGGUGAGUAGGCAGCAGAGUGCUGUCAUGUAUGUUUCUCCAGCGGCCUUGGAGCUGGGCUUCAGACGCAUGCCGCCAAAUCUGAAGUUGUGCCUUGCCUAUGCGGCCAUCUUCGCAAAGGGCCACACCAUAGUCAAACAUGACCUCAUUCAUCAAUGGAUAGCGCUCCAUCUUAUUGACGGGCCACCGGACAAUGUCUCUACAGCAAAGCGUGCUGAAGAGUAUAUCAUGAGGCUUAUGGACAUAUCAUUCCUUCAGCCUGCAAAAUCUGCGUCGGCUAGUGGAAAGGAUGAGGAGGCAAAUGAUGUUAUGCCUCUCACGCAGGCCAGUGCCAAGGAUGGUAAAGGAGCAACCCUCUUCACUAUGCCUGACAACGUGCAUGACUUCGUGAAAUCAGUCAUGGGUGACGAACUGAUUGCUAAUGUUGGGUUACAUGACAUCAAUGAAUUUUGCCGCUAUGCACUGCUCACAGAUUUGGUCAUCAAAAGAUUGAAGUACAGUACAUUGCCUGCCCAGUUAAGGGCGCUACGCUGUGUGGGAUGUAGCAAAAUGGAGCUCAGUGAUGACACCUUCUCAUUUGCUAGGUGUCUGCGUGUGUUGGAACUAAAGGAGAGCUCCAUGCAGAAGCUACCUGAUUCCAUCUGUCAACUAAGGCACCUGGGGUAUCUGAAUUUAUCAGGCUGCUCUGGGCUGGUAACUCUGCCAGAGUCAUUUGGAGUUCUAUUAAAUCUUUUCCACGUCAAUCUAUCUGGCUGCUGUGGACUAUCCAAACUGCCGGAGUCAUUCAGAAGGCUCAAAAGAUUGGUGCAUCUGGACCUAUCCUUCUCGUCUUGCUUUCAAGGGAUCGAGGGAAUUCUUGGCGCUCUUAUAAAUAUCCAGCAUUUGAACUUGUCCAACCCUUCCUGCUACCUUCCUGAGCACCGGCCCCAUCUGCAGGGGCUAAAACUUGUCAUUUGCAAGCUCACAAAACUGGUGUAUUUGAACUUAUCAAUGUUCCUGAAUCCAAUCUUCUGCUAUAUGUCACAAGAGGAACAACGCGAAUACAUUGGGACAUGUAUCAGUGGCCUUUCUAGCCUGGAGCAUCUGGACUUGUCUCAUAACAUAUUUCUUCGUCAUCUGCCUGAAAAUCUUGAUGACCUCAACAAGCUGCAUACAUUGGACCUCUCGGGCUGCAUCAGGCUCUUUCCAAUGUUCAGUGUAAUCAAAAGAGCUGGUAUAUUGAACUCCCUCAGUUUGUUAGUUGUGCGGAAAUGCCGGAGUCUCUUUGUGGUCCUCACUGAUGAUGGAGCACACAACAACAACAACAACAACCUUGUUCAGCUAGAUGAUGGAGCACAUAACAACAACAACCUUGUUCAGCUGGAAGGUGGAGACUGCAAAGAGCUGGAGAUCGUCUGUCUUGAGAAGAUCAAGUCAGCAGAGGAAGCACGGAGAAUAAAAUUGGCAGACAAGGGGAGGCUACGGAUGCUGAAUAUGCAUUGGACGCUGGGUUGCCACGGAGCUGUGGAGCAGAGCAAUGAUAUCCUCGGAGAACUAGUGCCACCACAUAAUCUGCAACGCCUUGAGCUGCAUGGUUAUAUUGGCACAUGCUUUCCACCCUGGAUCUUAAGGAUGUCUUCUCACCUCCCUAAUCUCGUAGAGGUUACCAUGGAGGACAUCCCUAAUUGUCGUUUCCUGCCACCACUUGGUUCAUUACCGAAACUGAAACAUCUAGUGCUUAGAAGGAUGCCUGGCAUCAUAAGAAUCGACGCUGCUGAACAAGUCAGCGGUGACACGGAGGUGUUCCAUCAACUCUCCAAGUUUACGAUAGAUGACAUGCAAAGCUUACAAGAGUUGAACACCACAUGCAGCAUUGAUGAUGAUGAUGAUGAUGAUGAUGAUGAGUCUAUGCCUCAUAUUGAUGAACUGGUUAUCCGGAAAUGUUCCAAGUUGAGCUUUGGAACUCUCCUGCCUAGAGCACGGAGGUUGCAUAUAUCAGAUUGCGACCAGCUGAUGGUUACAGUGCUUGUGGAAUGCCCUUUUACUCCAAUAACUGAACUCGUGGUCGAAAGCUGUGAAGUGCCUAUUGAUGACUGGAGUUUGCUUUGCCAUCUCGAUGGCCUCCAGACAUUGUCUUUUUUUCAUUGCCACAACAUGACCGAGCUACCGAAUGACUUGGGUGGCCUUCUCUCUCUCCGGGAACUGAACAUCGUGUCAUGCAAAAACCUCAAGCAUAUACCCGAUAGCAUGCAACACCUCACCUCCCUUCAGUCAAUCCAUUUCUCUGACUGUGAGAGCAUCACAGGACUCCCAGAUUGGUUCAAACGCCUCACCUCUCUCCAGAUUCUUGUCAUCAGAAGAUGCCAUGCCAUUGAGUCUUUGCCGGUGGGCAUACAAGAACUCAGCAACCUCAAGGAUCCGCUUAUUUCUGACUGUCCAAAAUUGGAGCAGUGGCGUGAGUCUAAGGAGAAGGAAAAACUUGCUGACAACCGACCAGUUCACACGAGAAGUAUGAAGAGAAUGGUAGCUGAUGUACGUAACAAGGUAGGCCAAGCAAACACCGGAACGGACCAAUAA